AUGGCAGAAUUGUUACUAGAUCCUCAUAUUAGAUUCUGGGUCUUUCUCCCAAUAGUGGUCAUCACUUUCUUAGUUGGUAUUGUGAGACACUAUGUGUCUAUAAUCUUAUCGUCACAAAAGAAAAUUGAACUACUUCAGGUUCAAGACAGUCAAGUAAUGAUUAGAGCUCGCCUGCUUCGGGAGAAUGGUAAAUAUCUGCCUAGACAGUCAUUCGCCAUGCGUAGACAUUGGUUCAACAAUGAGGAGACCGGAUAUUUUAAGGUUCAAAAACGGGCAGCCGCUUCGCAGAAUCCUAUGACAGACCCUGGCAUGAUGACUGAUAUGUUGAAAGGCAAUGUUACUAACGUUUUGCCCAUGAUUGUUAUUGGAGGGUGGAUCAAUUGGAUGUUUAGUGGUUUCCUUACAACCAAAGUACCGUUCCCCUUGACUCUGCGUUUCAAACCAAUGCUGCAGAGAGGAGUAGAGCUGGCCUACUUGGAUGCAUCAUGGGUUUCUUCUGCUUCUUGGUACUUCCUCAAUGUAUUUGGUCUGAGAACUAUAUAUGCCUUGGUUCUUGGAGAAAAUAAUGCUGCUGAUCAGUCAAAAGUGAUGCAGGAGCAAAUGUCAGGUGCCGCAAUGGCUAUGCCUCCCGAUCCAAAGGCUGCCUUCAAAGCAGAGUGGGAGGCAUUAGAAAUAACUGAACACAAGUGGGCACUUUCCAAUGUGGAAUCAGAUCUGCUCUCCAUUACAGAAGACAAGAACUAA